UGGCUCAGUGGCCAAGAUGGCGCCUGUGGGGGAGAGGAAGGUUCUGGGCGGAGCGGCCGAGGGGCAAGAGGCAGCUGAAGAGGAUGAGGGCCACAACCUGUGGACAUCCAUCCUGAGUGAAGUAUCCACCCGCUCUCGAUCCAAAUUACCCACUGGGAAAAAUAUCCUUGUAUUAGGUGAAGAUGGCUCAGGCAAGACAACACUUAUGGCCAAACUCCAGGGUGCAGAGCACUACAAGAAAGGGAGGGGAUUGGAGUAUUUGUACCUAAAUAUACACGAUGAAGACAGAGAUGAUCACACACGAUGUAAUGUAUGGAUUCUAGAUGGUGAGCUGUAUCACAAAGGCCUUCUUAAGUUUGCAGUUUCUGCAGACAACUUAAACAACACAUUAGCAGUCUUUGUGGCAGACAUGGCCAGGCCUUGGACUAUCAUGGAUUCUUUGCAGAAAUGGGCCAGUGUAUUGCAGGAGCACGUCGACAAACUGAAAAUCCCACCUGAAGAAAUGAGGGAACUGGAACAGAAAUUGGUGAAGGAAUUCCAGGAGUAUGAGGAGCCUGAGGAAGGAUCUCAUGGGUCCCCACAGAGGAGAGCCCCAGUGUCUGGUCAGGAAGAUGAGGAGGUGGUUUUGCCGCUGGGUGAGAAUGUACUGACGCACAAUCUGGGCAUUCCGGUACUGGUCGUCUGCACAAAGUGUGAUGCGGUCAGUGUACUAGAGAAGGAACAUGAUUACAGAGACGAGCACUUUGAUUUCAUUCAGUCACACAUUCGCAGAUUCUGCUUACAGUAUGGUGCUGCAUUGAUUUACACAUCAAUAAAAGAAGAGAAAAAUAUUGAUCUCUUGUAUAAAUAUCUUGUCCACAAAAUGUAUGAUUUCCAGUUUACUACACCUGCCUUAGUGGUGGAGAAAGAUGCGGUUUUUAUUCCUGCAGGAUGGGACAAAGAUAAGAAAAUUGCUAUUUUACACGAAAAUUUUGCAACGGUGAAACAAGAUGAUGCCUAUGAGGAUAUAAUUGGGAAGCCCCUAGUCAAAAAGCCUGUCCACGACAAAGAAGUGGCUGCGGAGGAUGAGCAAGUUUUCCUCAUGAAGCAGCAGUCUCUUCUUGCCAAACAACCUGCCACUCCUUCGAGACCUGCUGAUUCUCCAAGGCAACCAGGUGGCUCUCCCAGGACCCCAAGACAGCCCGGUGGAACAAACAUGGUGACUGCAGUCCCACCCAUCACAUCGGGAACUCCAAAAGGUCCUGCUGCUGCAAAUGAAGGAGUGCUGGCAAACUUCUUUAACAGUUUAUUGAGUAAAAAGACAGGUUCCCCUGGGAGUCCUGGAGCUGGAGGAGUACAGAAUACAGCCAAAAAGUCAGGACAAAAGCCGGUUUUAACAGAUGUUCAAGCAGAGCUGGACAGGAUGUCUCGAAAACCAGAUUCUGUGGUCACAACAAACAACUCUUCUGCAACAGAGAAUGAAGCCUAAAAGCUGCAAGAGACACUGUAUAAUAUUAUAUUUAAAAAUAAAAGACCAAAUUAGGCAAUUGUAUCAUUCAAGAGAGGGCCAGCAGAUGUCUAAUGCGGCAGCCGCUAUCAGUUUUAGUUUGGGGGUGGGGGGAACAUGAGGCAUUAACUAAACUUUUAAAAUGACUUGUGGCAGGAUAGGUGUGUGCAUUCCAGAAAUGUAAAUAGCCUCUGUCUGACAACUCCUUAAUCGAAAAAUAAUUUUAUCAGAAAGGUUAAGAGUGAAUAAAAUUUUGAGUAGACUGGCAAAGCGGUGUGUGUUAGUGGGUUUUAAGAGAGUGGCUGGAAGGAGAUGAGGGGAGGAGGUAGGUGCUGAUCAGUCAUUGGACUGGCUUGCUUAGCUUACAGUUCUUGGGCAGUGGGAUGUGACAAGAUUUUGGAAUCAGUGACUGAGAUUGGUAGUAAAUUCUGUACUCUUAUUUCCCUUUUGCUCUUGACUGCUUGUAAGUGAGAUGGGGAGCAGGUCACUGAGGCACACCAAGCAGUGCCAGUCAGUUUGUGACUGGCAGGUAUUGAAAUGAAGGAGCAAGCUGGUGCUUCAGGUGAGACCACUAACAGUGGCUGGUCACAGGAGGAGAGGUAGUUUCAUGCAAGAGGAGUUAGCAUGAAGGAGAUGGAAUAUUUAGACUCAUUGGAUGUACUGUUAAUAAUUGGAAGUUAGAAGUGUGAAACUGUUUAUAUUAAAGAACUGUCCAAAUUAAUCCGGAUUUAAGGGUGAGCAGGGAAGUGACUCUUAAAAUGAAAUUAUCGAAGAUGACAGAGAUUGUAUCUUUGAAUUUAAAAGGCUUUUAGGAUGUUUAGAGGGCAUUUUGAAUCAUUAGUUAUUGAGGACAUAGGGUGGAGAGAGAAACCUGCUGGAAACAAGUGCCUGACACAUCACCAUGCAGGUGUCAUAGUAACGCCCAGCUCAAACAUGCACUAUAGCAUAAGCGGUCAGUCGCUUCAUGGUGUUUUAUUUUUAUUAAAACUUAAUUUAAAAGUUGUUUUAUCCAGUAAUGGAAAGGUUUUUUUUUAGUUUUUAUUUUUUUUUUCUCUGAUAGCUCCUGCCUUCCUUGACUUGUGGUGAGUUAGGCCAUGUUAAAUGAAAAGGAACAUUUCCCCCCCCUCAUCCCCAUCACAUCCCUCCCACUAAAAGAUGAAUGAGAAAAACAUCAUUCCGUUGUUUAGCUGCAGUUAAUGAAAUGGCACAUUAUUUUUGAGUGUAAACACUACUCAAUGUAAAGUACUUUAUUGCAUUCUCCAGGGGAUAACCACAAAAUGGAAUUGUGCAGACCUCUACUUCCUGUUGUACAAACUGUCCUAACUUGUGCUGAAAUGGGAGGUUUGGCUAGUCAGCAUUUUCCCUAUAACAUUGCAUAUAUAUUAUUAAAGCAGUAAUAUAUUUACCAUUGAAAGCUGGGCAUCAUUAGCUUCUGAGUAUUUUUCAAUAGCAGAACUGUUUGUAUAAUUUUUUUAUUUGUUUCUUUUGAUUUUUUUGAGGCUCUUAUCUGUAACAUGUACUUAUGGAGGGUGACCAGGGACAGCACUAUUGUUCCUGGCUUCCUUUCACUGAGGAGAGCAAGGGGAUGUUUCCAGGUUUGUCUGGACAAUUUACCUGACAUUCAAAGUUGGUGUAACUUUGGAAGAACUGCACAAUUGGUCCACUUUUAUUUUCAAUAUUUUUAUGAUUUAACUGCUGGAACCAAACAAGCAAACUUUAAAUGGCUUUGAAGAAAACAGAACAAAAUGUUAAUCCAUAUAACUGUUGUAUAGAGGAUGCUGAAUGAUUGUUACACUAACCUUAAGAAACCAAUUUAAUGCUUAGUGAAUUUUUUUCUGUUUGUCUCUUUCUGAUCCAUUCCUCUCCUCACAUCCUUUAUCUGUUUGUACCUCUUCCAUUCUGCGUGUUUUCUGCUUCCUGAACACCCAUGUUCCCUUCUUUAUUUCUACCACUUGCAUUUUUGUCUCUUUCAACUCUAGCUUUUUCAGUCUGGACAUCUCUUUCCAGUCUUCCACUUUGAUCUUUCUCCUCCAUAUUCAUCCUUUCCUGUUUCUUAACUUUUUGCAUUUCUCCAUCUUAUCCCUCCUUAUUUUUUAGUUUGUUUUCUUUCUGUAUUUCAUUCCCACCUCCCUCUUUCAAUCUGUGCCUCUCUCCUUUUCAUUUCUCUCUCCCUCUCUGUUUAUCAGAGAUACAAUACCAUUAAAAGAUGUUGUAAUCUAAAGAUCUGGUUUGAUCAUGUUUGUUUUCAGUAAACUGAAAUAUUUAUGCUGCUUAAUUUAAAGUUUGCACUUGAAAUAUUUUGCAGGAAGGAAACAAAUUGGCAUUUUAGAAUCAAGUUUUAAAUGAAAAAUUAUUUAACAAAAUGAGUGCUAAUUUUCACCUUUUGAUGAAAGUGGAUAUUUAAUGGAGGGAGAGAGAUUGGGGAGAUAUAUAUAUAUAUAUGUAUAAAGUUCUCUGUUAACCCUAUUAGGUUAAACAUUUUUUGUACUGUGUUGGACUGAAAUUGUAACAUUUGAGAGGAGUGUUCCCAUUUAGUUCAUGUGUAUGGCUUUAACCUGAUACCGUCAUGUGGAAUCUUGCUUUCUCUCUAGUGCUGACAAAGACAAAAAUGUGUGUCUUCGCGUACCGGCUUCAAUAAAUGUGAAUCCAGA